ACGUGUUUCCUCACCGGCGUUCUAUACCCUCAGCUGUAACGUGGUACGAGCUGAGUGACAGGUCGGGGAGCCAAUGAGAGGCGCGGCUACGGCCAGGAUUAGAGUCUUGAGAGGCAAGAAGUAGAGAGCUGGUUGCGGAAGAUGUCCGGGCGCAGAGGCUCAGGGCGGGAGCGUAAUCCCCGGGGUCCUCAGAAGAGAAAAGCUGAAGUCAAUCUUGAGAUUGUAGUAAAAACUGAAGAUGAAAGUGAUGUACUUGCAGACUCUGACAAAGAUUCAGAACUGGAGACUCGCUGGGAAUGGCUCAGUGAUGCAGAUUUGUGGAUGGUUUAUACAGAAGACCUUAACAACCAGAUUAACCAAGCAUUCAGCACUGGGAAACACUCUGUGACCAUCUCACCUGACCUUGGGAUCUCCUUUCAAGUGGAUUUGAGAAAUAUGGUGCAGAAGAAUAAAAAGAGUGGCUACCAACGACCUAUACGGCUUGCAGUAAAGGAGCAGGAUCAAUUUUUUGUAUGGCAGUGGCUGUCAGAUGAUGAAUCGUGGAUCUCCUAUGAUGCUAAAACAUCAAUCUUUCUGGAAACGGCACUUCACACGGACAGCAAGAUUGUGUCCCUUUCUCUUGGUGGCAAGCAUUAUACAAUUGAUCUCGGAGCCAUGGUGCAAAAAAAUACUCAAACGCAGUAUGAAAGACAGAUUCAGCGCUGCUUAUCUGUUGCUUUAGAUGCCUCAGCUGAUGAUGAUGAUGAUGACAGUAUUAGUAAUGGACCGUCUGCUGCAAAACGACUCAGAGGGAACAUGAGUAUUGAAAGUGGAGACAGUGAAUCAGAGGACAGCAAAGAGCACAUUAGAACCAUUGUCUUAAAGGGUAAGGCCCCCGUGGAUGCAGAAUGCUCCAGCAAGCUUGGAAAGGCUCAUGUUUACAGUGAAGGUGAAGACGUGUACGAUGUUAUGUUGAACCAGACAAACCUGCAAUUUAAUAACAAUAAAUACUACCUGAUCCAGCUACUUGAAGAUGACAAUGCUAGAAAUUUCUCUGUUUGGAUGCGCUGGGGGCGAGUGGGUAAGGUUGGGCAGCAUUCUUUGGUAUCCUGUCGAGGGGACCUACAGAAAGCAAAAGAUGUCUUCCAGAAAAAGUUUUUUGAUAAGACAAAAAAUCAGUGGUCUGAACGUGCAAAUUUUGAAAAAGUUCCUGGUAAAUAUGACUUUUUGCAUUUGGAUUAUAACUCAACCAAAGAGGAGGAAGAAAAUAUUGUGGAAGUGGAUAAGCCAGCCAUAGUUCCUAAAGUGGAAUCCAAGCUAGAUAACACAAUUCAGGAAUUGCUUAAGCUCAUCUGUAAUUUACAGAACAUGGAAGAAACUGUGCUGGAGAUGAAGUAUGACACCAAGAAAGCUCCUCUGGGAAAGCUAACAAUGGAGCAGAUCCACGCUGGGUAUAGCUCCCUGCAGCGUAUAGAGAACUGUAUCAAAAAACUAAAGUUUGGAAAGGAACUUCUGGAGGCUUGUAAUGAGUUUUACACCCGUAUUCCUCAUGACUUUGGACUUAAGACUCCACCUCUGAUAAGGACCGUACAAGAGCUGGCCUUAAAAGUGCAUCUACUUGAGGCUUUAGGAGACAUACAAAUUGCAGUAAAGUUAGCCAGCUUGGAUCUCCAGUCCAAUGAACAUCCAGUGGACAGACAAUACCGACAGUUACAGUGCAAUUUGGAGCUUUUGGACAAAAAGUCAAGUGAAUUUCAGCUUAUUGAAAAUUACUUACUAAGCACCCAUGCUCCAACCCACAAUGAUUACACAAUGACCCUGUUGAAUGUUUUCCGUGUACAGAAGGAGACAGAAGGAAGCUUUCGAGAAGAUUUACCCAACAGGAUGCUGUUGUGGCAUGGAUCUCGUAUGUCUAAUUGGGUUGGCAUACUUAGCCAGGGCCUUCGUGUAGCACCUAAAGAGGCUCCAGUAACUGGAUACAUGUUUGGAAAAGGAAUAUAUUUUGCAGAUGUCUCCUCAAAGAGUGCAAAUUAUUGCUUUACAACCCGAGAUAAGAAUGUGGGAAUUAUUCUGCUGUCAGAGGUUGCACUUGGUGAAUGUAAUGAACUGAUGGAAGCAGAUUAUGAUGCUCAGAAGAAGCUGAAAGGCAAAAACAGCACCAAAGGUCUGGGUCGUAGCAUUCCAGACCCUGAAAAGAAAAUAAUUCAUGAUGGUGCUGUGGUUCCCUUAGGCCCUCUUAUAGACACAGGACUGAAAAACAAAGAUGGCUACACGCUAAAUUACAAUGAGUUCAUUGUGUAUGACAGCCGCCAGGUCCGGAUGAAGUAUUUGUUGCAAGUUCGUUUCAACUAUGAAUCAUUGUGGUAACUUGUGAUUUCAGGCAAUAGCAACCUCAUCCAUGAAUACUACUGCAUGGCUAACAAUGAAAAAACCUCUGCUGUAAGGCAUUCUAGUCGGCAUAUAUGUAAUGAAAUAGUCUAAGCAAUGCUAGAAAAUAGGUUGUUUGUCUUUAAGCAAUGCAGUUGUUUUUAUCACUCUUCUAUUUAGUAAUCUUGUAUCUUACUGUUCUGUUACAAAACGAGUCCAUAAAGGGGUCUCCUAUAACUAUACAGAUAACUAUAUUUCUAGAUAAAUUGUAUCGACUUUUAAUGAACCAUGAAAUCAUUACAUAGAUAAAUGUUUGAUUUUGUUUUGCUACUUAAAUAAAAAUACAAGCAAAUGCUUAA